AUGAAGUCUGAUAUUUUAGGUAAUCCUAGUGAAGUCACUGCCCCUAAACUCAUGAAGAAAUUGAUAGCAAUAAUAAUGAGUGAAGCACAUUUUAUAGGAGGUGUAAUUGCAGGAGGGGGUGUUGGAGGAAACUCAUUAGCCCCUAGAGCUGCUUUCGGAGGAUUUGGCAUGGGUCUAACAAAUGCUCAGGAUAAGAAAGGCCAGCAAGGUUCGGGGCAACCAUUUGGAAACUUCAUAAUCAAAGAUUCCAAUCAAUCUUUUCCAAAAUCAUUGGAGAAAAAGUCAGAAGGAAAAACAUCUGAAUUCAAUCAAAAUUUUAACAUGUCUUCAUUUGAUGAUCAUCCUUUAACACCUUUGAACAACACAUUUGAUAACCUGCCCUUUGGAAACACUACAAGCAAAGGACUCAAUAAUCAACCUUUCAAUAUAACUUUAGGCAACACAUUUGGACCUCCCUUGAACAAAUCCUCUGAUCUACGUUUUAGUAAUUUAAGUCGCGAAUUUAACCAAUUACCCAUCAGUAUACCGUCGUUAGAAGCAGCCAACAAUAACUCUAGUCGCGAACACUCUUCAUUUGGUAACUAUCCGGGGAUGUACUUUAACCAAACAUCAUCUCAAUUUUCUAAAAAGAACUCGACCAAGAGUUCAUCAACUCGUGCAUCUAAGGAAUCGUCUAAAAAAUCUUCAAGUGAAGCAUCUAAACAAUCUUUAGAAAAAUCUUCUAAAAGUUCUAAGGGAUACAAAUCAAGGGCAACUUCAAAAACAUCUACAAGAAGCACUUCAAGACAAGAAUCAAAACAAUCUUCUAAAAAAUCGCGAAGUAAAGUAUCUAGAAAAUCUUCUAAAAAAUCAGCAAGUCGUAAAUCAUCAAGCAAAGGUUCUACAAUAAACUCGAACAAGAGUUCAAGGAAAGCAACAUCAUCUCAUUCUACCAUGAAGUCAUCAAGAAGCCACACAUCUUCUGGUAAACAAACAUUCAAAGGAUCAAGGAAACUUUUGAUCACUUCUCAAUAG